AUGUCUGAUAGCGAAGGAUAUGACUCGGAUGAUUAUCCAUCAAUCAGAGGCUCAGACUCAGAAGAUGAAGAGAGUGGUUCCUCUGGAAAUGAGGACGUUCUCAACACAAGCAACAAUGAUCAUGGUAAUGAUGACGAAAGUGAUAGUUCUGAACUUCAUGAAGGAGUUGAGGAGAGUGAUUCAUCUGAAGAUGAGGUGGUUCCUCGAAAUACAGUUGGUGAUGUCCCCUUGGAGUGGUAUCGGGAUGAGAAACAUAUUGGUUAUGACAUUACAGGGAAGAAGAUAAAGAAGAAGGAAAAAGAAGAUAAAUUGCAAUCCUUUCUUGCUAGUGCCGAUGAUUCAAACAACUGGCGCAAAAUUUAUGAUGAAUAUAACGAUGAGGAUGUAGAACUCACGAAAGAAGAUAUCAAAUCUAUAAGUAGAUUGCUCAAAGGAAAGGCUCCGCAUCGUGACUUUGAUCCUUAUGCGCCAUAUGUUGAUUGGUUUAAAUGGGACGACUCCAAGCAUCCACUGUCAAAUGCACCUGAACCCAAGAGACGAUUCAUUCCUUCAAAAUCUGAAAGUAAACUGGUUAAUAAGAUCAAGUUGGCCAUUCGUAAGGGUUUAAUUAAGCCUAAAAAGUCCAAAGAGGAGGAAGAAGAAGAAGAAAGUGUUUAUCCCUUGUGGGGAGAUGACUCUAAUUCAACGGGAAAGAAUGAUCAUCUAUCUUACAUUCCUGCACCAAAACCAAAAUUGCCUGGUCAUGAGGAGUCCUUCAAUCCUUCUUUAGAAUACAUCCCAACACAAGAAGAGAUCAAUUCUUAUCAGUUAAUGUACGAGGAAGACCGUCCUAAAUUUAUACCUAAAAGGUUUACAUCUAUGAGAAGCAUCCCUGCAUAUGAGAAUGCUGUUAAGGAAUGCUUUGAAAGAUGUUUGGAUCUAUAUUUGUGCCCCAGAGUCCGGAAAAAACGGCUUAAUAUCGAUCCUGAGUCUCUGAAGCCCAAGCUACCAAACCGAAAUGAUCUCAAGCCUUACCCUGUAUCAUGUUAUCUUGAGUAUAGAGGUCACGAAGAUGCAGUUACAUCAAUUUCUGUAGAAGCUUCAGGGCAGUGGAUUGCAUCAGGUUCAUUGGAUGGAACCGUGCGUAUUUGGGAGGUUGAAACUGGUAGAUGUCUAAAACACUGGAAGAUUGAUGAAGCCGUCAAAUAUGUUUCUUGGAAUCCUAAUCCCGAGCAUUCUAUACUGGCUGUCUCUGCGGGACAAGACGUACUUCUUUUGAACACUGGUUGUGGGAAUGAAGAAGUACAGAAAAGUACUAAAGAACUUCUCUCUGUUGGGAUGCCUAUGCCGGAUGACUCUGGCAAAACAGCAUCCAGUGUAAGCUGGCUUCAAGAUGAUAAACUCGAGGGAAUCAGGUUAAGGCACUCCAAGACCGUGACUUCAGUAGAAUGGCAUCGUAAAGGAGACUACUUUUCGACAGUGAUGCCAGCGGAUAUCCUUUUUGCACAUAUAUACACAUAUUUUUAUAUUAUAUGCUACUUUAAGCACGACACAGAUGGGUUUAGAGCUAUUUUUAUACACAAGCUCUCCAAGAAGUUUACCCAGACACUUUCAUUCAAGUUGCAAGGGCCUGCAGUCACUUCGGUUUUUCAUCCUACACGUUCCUUCUUCUUCAUUUCAACAAAGAAGAUUAUUCGUGUUUACGAUCUGGUGAAGGAGGGAAAGCUCGUCAAAAAACUUGAGACUGGACUACGUGAAAUCUCCUCCAUGGCAGUUCAUCCUUCUGGUGAUCAUAUAAUUGUGGGGAGUGGAGAAGGAAAACUAUGUUGGUUCGACAUGGACCUUUCAUCUAAACCCUACAAAACUCUCAAGUUGCAUCAGAAGGACAUCAACAAUGUGUCUUUCCAUCGCUCGUACCCCCUGUUUGCAACAUGCUCAGAUGAUUGCACCGCAUAUGUUUUCCAUGGCAUGGUUUAUUCAGAUCUUAACCAGAACCCUCUUAUUGUUCCAUUGGAAAUACUCCGAGGUCAUUCGAGCACAAAUGGGAGAGGUGUAAUGGACUGUAAAUUCCAUCCAAGGCAGCCAUGGUUGUUCACUGCGGGUGCAGACUCAGUGGUUAGACUGUAUUGCCAUUGA